AUGGGCAAGCCUCCAUUGAGGAAGUACUUUAAUCCUCUAUGGUUUGUGUUUCUCACUGCCUUUGUUUUCUGUGUGUCAUUUCUUUUCUUAGAUUAUUACUUGACUUUAACUGAUCGUAGGAUCACAAUUUUACUUCUCAACACCAAUGAUGCAAAACAUUCACAGUUGUCUAAACCCUCUAGUUUUUCUGUCGAUUUUAGUGAAACUAAUGGUUGUCCAAUAAAAACUAGUCACUAUACCAAUCAAAAUAAUGUAACAGAUAGAGCCUCCAAUAUACCAAGGUGCGUUGACAAUGUUGAACUUGUUACAAAGGUGCACACAAACAAUUUGGAUCCUUGUUCAGGCAAAUAUAUCUAUGUUUAUGAUCUUCCUAGCAGGUUCAAUGAGGAUUUGUUGAAGGGUUGUCACUCUCUAUCAAAGUGGGUUGAUAUGUGCCCUUACAUGUCUAACUUAGGCCUUGGCCCUAAGGUUAUUGAGAAAUCAAAUGAAGAGGUGCUUUUGAAUGGAAGUUGGUAUGCAACUAACCAAUUUUCACUUGAAGUUAUUUUCCAUAACACAAUGAAGCACUACAAGUGCUUAACCAAUGAUUCUUCAUUGGCCUCUGCUAUAUAUGUACCCUACUAUGCUGGCCUUGAUGUGGGUCAAUACCUUUGGGGUUUUAAUGUUUCUACAAGAGAUGCUUCACCAAAAGAACUAGUGAAAUGGCUGGCACAACAACCUGAAUGGAAAAGAAUGUUGGGUAGAGAUCAUUUCAUUGUUGGGGGGAGGAUUGGUUCGGAUUUCAGGAGAAUGACAGACACAGAAAAAAAGCAUGAUUGGGGCACAAAGCUUAUGUUCUUACCAGAAGCAAGCAACAUGUCAAUGUUGCUAAUUGAAUCGGUUGCUUCAUAUGAUAAUGAUUUUCCAAUUCCAUAUCCAACUUACUUUCAUCCUUCUAAGGAUAUGGAGAUUUUUCAGUGGCAGCAAAGAAUGAGAAUAGUGAAAAGGCCUUACUUGUUUUCAUUCGCAGGUGCUCCAAGGCCUAGUUCAUCUUCCUCCAUGAGAAAUGAUAUAAUCAAACAUUGCCAAUCCUCUAGGAGUUGCAAUUUUCUAGGCUGUUUUGAUGGUAAUUGUGAUGAUCCUGUGCAUGUUAUGAAGGUGUUUCAGAGUUCAGUUUUCUGUUUACAGCCUCCAGGGGAUUCAUUCACAAGAAGAUCAACUUUUGACUCAAUUUUAGCAGGUUGCAUUCCUGUUUUCUUUGAUCCACGUUCAGCAUAUGAUCAAUAUUUGUGGCAUUUUCCCGAAAAUGGUUCUAGCUACUCUGUGUACAUACCAGAAAGUGAUGUCAAAGGGAAGAGAGUAAUGAUCAAUGAGACAUUGUCUAUGGUUUCAGAAAGUGAAGUGUUGGCAAUGAGAGAGGAAGUUAUAAAGCUUAUUCCAAGAAUAAUAUAUCGUGAUCCAAGUUCUAGUUUAGAGACCAUUGAAGAUGCAUUUGAUAUAGCAGUUAAAGGAAUUCUUGGGAGAAUAGAGGCAUUAAGAAGGGAUAUUACAAAUGUCAACAAUUCAGUGUUGUAUCCGGAAUUAUAUCAUAAUUUACUAUUCAAAAUUCAAUUCAAUAUUUGCGAUCCCAGAUUUGAAAAUGGAAUACAUCUUUUGGGAAAAUCAAUGACCAGCUUUGAUGUUAACAAGCAUCAUUUUACGCUAACAGGAUACAUCAAAUGCUUUUAA